AUUUGAGGAAUAUCAAAUAAAAACUAAAUUAAAAUAGAAUAAAAGGAAAGCCCUGCGUGCAAUACUCACUUCUUGGUUACGUAGGGUUGAAGAAGACAAUUGGCCAAAAUGAAUGUAGUAAAGAUAAUUUUGGUGUUGGGGCUGAUUGUGAUUGCAAAUACUGGGAUAGUCAUGGCUAACAUUGCUCAUUUCGAUCAAGUAUGGGCAAAACGAGCUCAGAGAGCAAAGCAAAAUGCUGAGAAAGCCUACGAUCCCAAUCCUCAUCAUGUAGCCAAUCAUCUCAACCACAAAACCCACCAAGCUCAUAAAGCUCACAAGAGAGAUUUGAAAAAGCAGGGAGAAAAUAAAAAGAAGGAAUCCAAGCCUCGGAAGAUGCCUAGGAAUGUAUGAUACUAAAUCAAAGCUCCAAGCUAAAAAUAGCUUUUAAGAAUGUAAAUUGGAAUAAGGCAGGUCAAAUUGCUAUAGAUGACUACCCAUAAUUACAUAUUAUUGCACCUUAUUGUAAGUUAUAAUUUUUUUUUCAUUAAUCAAAGUUUUGAUCUUCUCAGUUUCUUCCA